UAUCUCUAUGGGGGUAGCGUGUCAUGUGUUCGAAAAUCAUGUGUUCGAAUGCUGUAUGUUCGAACGUUAAGUGUACGAAAAAUUGUCUGUACGAAAGAUUAUAUGUUCGAAAGAUUAUAUGUUCGAAAGGUAGUAUGUGCGAAAUUGUCGAUAAAUGAAACUAAACAAAAAUAACCCUAAUAACAUUAAUCGAGUUUUCAUUAUAUUGGAUUUCACACAAUCUUAUCUUUAUUGAUUUUACGUGGGGAAAGCAUUAUAGAUAUUAUUAAAAGUAAUUUUUUGUCAUCUAUCAGUACAGUUCGAUACAUCAUUACAAAAGUAUCGAACACAAUUUCCUUUGAACGUUGUUUUUAAAUAAUAUUUUAUACAAUUUGUGUAAGUGGUUUUUUUUUUUUAAAUGGCUAGUAUACAGACAUUUAAAAGUAUACAUGACAAGGAAAUGUUACUUGUAAAUAAUUAUGAAUACAUGUUUGAUAAGAAAAGACUGCGAAUACGAGAUCAAAAUAAUAUAUAUUAUUGGAAAUGUACAAAACGAUGUGGAGCAACGUUUCGGACAAUAUUUGAGCACGGUGAACAUAAACAAGACAAUUGUUUUAUUAAUAAUGACCAUUCUCACCCACCAGAUACAGUUAAACACCAUUGCAAAAUUCUAAAAAAUAAAAUUAAAAAAUGUGCUCAAAAUUCACAAGAUUCGCCAAAUCAAAUAUAUCAAAACGAAAUUGCAAAUUCCAACGUUAUAAUUUCAUCUCAAGUAACUAAAAACGCAUCCAAGCAAAUCGUAAAAAGACAAAGAAAAGGAAAAGAACUAGAACCAGUUUCAUUAAAUUUUAUACCUUCCUUAGAACUUCAAAAUACAAUUUCAGGACAACCUUUCCUUUUGAAAAAUGCAAUCGAAGGAAAUAAUAAAUUUAUGAUUUUUACAACUGUUCAAAAUUGUAUAUACUUGAGGGAAUCAAAUUUUUGGCUCGCUGAUGGAACCUUUAAAGCUUGUCCUGGAAUUUUUAAACAGAUAUUUACAAUACAUGGAUCAAUUUCACGAGGUAUUAAUGACAACAUUUGUGUACCAUUGGUAUACGUACUGAUGACCAACCAAACUGAAGAUGACUAUAAAACAGUGCUAAACGAGUUUAAUAAUUUUGCGAUUAAAAAUAAUAUUUAUUUCGAAAGUAAUAAGGAACUUGAAAUAAUAACGGACUUUGAAAAAGCUUCAAUCAACGCGAUCAAUGACGUCUUUCCAUUUGUAACCCAUUCUGCUUGUUUUUUUCACUUUUGUCAAAAUAUCUGGCGCCAUAUUCAAAAAGAAGGGCUAUCUACAAAGUAUAUGGAAGACCUGGAAUUUAAUUUGAUUUGUCGGCAUUUACCUGCUCUUUCUUUUCUUCCAGUAAAUAAAGUAAUCGAAGGUUGGGAAAUUGUGAAAUUAUUAUUUAGUGAUAACGAAAGAGAACAAUCACUUUUAGAAUACUUCGAAAAUACUUACAUUUAUGGUAAACCAGCUAUGAGACUACGUGGACGUAUUAAACCUCAACGACACCCCCCCUUAUUUCCAAUUGACAUGUGGUCAGUAGCUUCAAGAAUUGAUGCAAAUUUGCCAAGAACAACAAAUAUUGCUGAAUCAUGGCACGGUCGACUUAAUAGAUUAGUAUCAAAACAACCAGGAGUUUACAAAUUGAUGAGACAGUUCCAAAAAAUUCAGAAUGAAACUGAAAAUUCUAUAGAGCAAAUCAUUCAAGGCCGAACAAGUAAAAAAAGAAAAACAUGCAACGAAGAACGGGAACAAAGAAUUAAAAAAUUAGUUCUAAGACUAAAAAAUUUAGACAUAAGUAUUAUUGAGUUUCUAAGAGGAAUAUCGUAUAAUUUAAGUUUUUAGUUUUUUUUUUAUUUAGCAUUUACAUUUAUUAACGACUAAUUUAUUUUACGAAUUUUUGG